AUGGUCAGCAACAAGUCCUAUCGUCUUCCAUCCGCCGACAAGGUUGGUUACAGUGAGAUGAAGAGGCUCACCCGUCGCAUCAAUGAAGCUCUUUUCAAUGACAAUGAUGAUGCCCUUUCCAACCACAUCUUCAUCCAUCACGACCCAUUCUCCCAGAGCGAGUUGGAUGAGGUCAUGACCUUCAUCAGCGGCCAUGCCAUUGUCACCUCCGUCAAGCACACCAUGGACGCCAUUGAGACAACCACUGAAGACGGUCGGAAGGUAAAUAUCACUCUCUUCUUUGGCGGCAUCUGUUUCAACCGCAAGAUCAUGGCAGCCAAGAAGGAAGCCAAGAAGCGAGCCACUCGGGAGUCCAUUGAAUCAGUGGACUCUGCUUUCGGAGACGAAGCCUUUGAGGAUGUCACCGGUCAAGGAUUGACACAAGUGGUUGGUACAUUCGCUCCUGCUGCCGACGGAAAGAAAGAAGAGGGCUUGGAUGCUCUUUUUGAACACGUCGACGAGUUUGACCUUGAUGAUUAG